UAGUAUUAUUUUGAAUUCCUUAAUUAUUCAAAGAUCUCAUUUAUUCUUUUUACUUAUUUUCCUUUUUUGUUAAUCAAUUCUACAAUUCAUGCAAGAGUAGAUUUAUCAGUUUUUAACCCAAAAAAAUUAUAAUGAGAAGCCAUCGUCAUAAUAACGUCAGCAUGAAAUCAUCAUAAAUUAAAAAAAUUAAGUAGGGCCUACUUGAAAAUUCUAUUUUACCCACGAAAUAAAAUGUAAUAUAUUUGGUCAUCAAUAUUCAAUGCAUAUUCAAUCCUUUAGGAAGAAAUUGCCUAUAAAUAGGACAUGAAUCAAAUCAAAAGAAAACACAACAAACAAUAAAUUCAAUUGAAAGAAACAUUAGAAAAUCUUUAAAUAUUUAUCAUGUCUAUGGCCUCUAUUUUUAAUAGACCAAGAUUGGUUGUUAAGAAAGUUUUGGCUAGAGCUCAAAAUGAAGGUGAUGGUGCUGUUGUUAGGAGAAGCAUUGGAAGGCCUGAAUUGCAGAAUCUUGAUCCAUUUCUCAUGUUAGAUGAAUUUAAUGUUUCACCACCUGCUGGAUUUCCUGACCAUCCACACAGAGGUUUUGAGACUGUCACUUACAUGUUGCAGGGAGCUUUUAAUCAUCAAGAUUUUGCUGGUCACAAGGGUACAAUCAAGACUGGAGAUGUGCAGUGGAUGACAGCAGGAAGAGGUAUAGUUCACUCAGAAAUGCCUGCAGGACCAGGUACUCAUAAGGGCUUGCAACUUUGGAUAAAUUUGUCUUCCAAGGACAAGAUGAUUGAGCCAAGGUAUCAAGAAUUGCAAUACGAAAACAUACCAAAGGCUGAAAAAGAUGGUGUUUUGGUCACUAUUUUAGCAGGGGAAUCCAUGGGCAUAAAAUCCCAAGUUUUCACGCGAACGCCUACAAUGUACCUUGAUUUCACCCUAAAAUCAGGUUCUGAGCAUCACCAACCGAUCCCUGAGCCCUGGAAUGCCUUCAUCUACAUAGUCGAAGGAGUAGGAGCUUUUGGUUCUUCGGAUUCAACGACCACACCAGCUCACCAUUGCUUGGUUUUAGGCCCUGGUGAAGGCCUAAGUGUGUGGAACAAAUCUUCAAAGCCAUUGAGAUUUGUUCUGAUAGGAGGUCAACCGAUUAACGAGCCUGUCGUGCAGUAUGGUCCAUUUGUUAUGAACACUAAGACUGAGAUUAUGCAGGCCUAUCAAGAUUAUCAACUUGGAAAGAAUGGAUUUGAAAGGUCAAGGCAAUGGUGUUCUAAAUGAGUAAACAGAGUUACAUCUUAUAGUACAAUAUUUCAUUAGUUUUCUUAUAAAUGUUAUGAUUUCAAGUUGUUAUAGUCCUUUUGUUCAUUUGAAAUGUGAAGUUUGUUAACUGAAGUUUAUUAGUGUUCAUUUCCUUCAUUUGUUCAAGAUUGUAUUGAUAGUAAUUUAUGUUUGAUUUCUUGAAUUA